ACCAUGGUCGAUAGCAACAGCUCAUGCCUUCAAUUUAAAAAAAAAUAACAACAAAUAAAACUUUUGAAACGAAAAAACAGUAAAGUGAUUAAUUGUUGAAAUGUCUACGAUAGACAAAAUGUGUCGUUUAUGCAUGGCUCGAACAAAUCUUAUUCAUUCCAUACUUCAGGAUAAUCUUCUGCAAAAGGUUGCGAUUUGCAUUAGCAUAUUGAUAAACCCCGAUGAUGGAAGAUUUCCACUAGAUGUUUGUGCACUUUGUGCCUUGAAAGUAAAAGAUUUUUUCGAAUUCCGCCAAAAUUGUCAGAAAGUACAGCUACUUUUCGAAAAGAAUUAUUCAUUCGAAGAAAAUCGUACUUCAACCGAUCUGGUUCCUAAAGUGGAGCAAUGUUUUACGCCAUUGUCGAAUGAAAUCGAAUCUAUAGAAAUCACAAACGUAGAAGUGGAAUUUGAAGCGCCCAUAAAAGGAAAUGAACAAAUCGAAGAAUAUGAGUUGAUUACUGACCAAGCUUCUGAAGUCGAAUCAGAGUUUGUAGAGCGGUUGGAUGAUACACAAUUUGAAGACAAUGAAGAGAACCUUAUAGAGCACGAUGAACUACAUUCAGAUACUGCAGAACCCGUCGAAUGUGAUUUCGAUGAUCAACAUAUCGAUUCCGUGGUAUCGAAACAUGAUUAUGAAAUGGUUGAAUUAUUAAGUUUUGAUAGUACCAGCCAAAAUGAAAGCUUAGUUAACACUUCUUCGUCCAAUAUUCCUUACAUUUUGUCUCCGCUCCAAGAAGACUUUCAGAAAGAUGACGAGAAUGUUUCUAAACCAAAAAGAUCACAAUCACGCACGAGGAAAAAACGAGAACGGAUCACACCAAAGCCACAACGAGAUGAAAAGGAAAUCUAUCAGUCACUCCUGCUGAAGUGUGAUAAAUGUGGGAAACUUGUAGAACGCAAUCGAAUGGAAGGUCAUGUCAAUCGACAUGAGGAUAUUCGACCGUACACCUGCAAUGUAAGUGAAUGUGGUACAAAAUUUCAUUGCAAAAUUGCUCUCAGAUUACAUACACAAGGUCGUCAUAGUUCAAAUCGGUUACCAUGUGACAUAUGUGGGAAGAUUUACAGUUCAACGAAAACACUGUACCAUCAUAAAAAGGAGACACACUCCGAAAAACAGUUCAAGUGCGAUCUGUGUGAUUUGGCAUUUGUUUCGAAUGCCCGAUUGAACCGUCAUAGAAUGACUCACAGCGAUAUACGGGAAUUCAAAUGUCCACAUUGUCCGAAGGAGUUUUACCGUAGUAACAACCUUAAAGUUCAUCUUCGAAGCCACACAAAAGAAAAACCUUUCGCUUGUAGUAUGUGUCCAAAAGCUUUUGGGUACCAGCGGUUAUUGAAGGAUCAUGUUGCACGACGCCAUAAUUGAUUCUAGAAAUUAAUUCAUUCAUAUUCCUUUAUUAAAUGAAUUAUUUAAAAUUCACAUUACUAAAA